UCCAGCAGGUGACAGCUAGCAGACGACCGAAAGCAAAAAAACAGAAUUUAGCAACUAGCAGCAGAAAAUCAGUAGAUGACGGUGAUGAUGGAAGAAAGAUAAGUUAGAAACAAUAGGAAGAUAAUAUCCACUAUUAUACACCUGUCUCAAAUAUUUUUCUGUGCGAAGUUUCGUGUUAUCCCUGCUUGGAUGCACUGCAUUAUUGCUUUGUUCGCCGUUAGUUGCCGGAACUUUUUGUUAGGUUGGGUAAAACACUCAUCAGAAAUUCGCAAAUAUCCUCUUAAAUACAUUAUCAACAAAAAUUACGUAAUAUCACAACCAUGUCCAUCUUAAGCAAUCCACUAGAAGAAGUCAACCGCUUUGGAGUGUCACUAAUUGUUUCACUUCAGAAUGCAUUUCCAGGGUGGGAUGAUCUGUUCCAUGUUAUCACUGAACUUGGAAACUCUACUCAUUCCUUCACACUUCUCAUUCCAUUAGCGGCAGCUCUUGAUUUGCAACUGGCCUGUGAUUUAUUGGUUGUUUGCAUUGUAGGAGAAUGGUCCAACACUUUGCUAAAAUGGUUUUUGAUGGAGGGCAGGCCAUACUGGUGGGUCAGAGAAACUGAAAUUUAUGAGAAGUAUGGACUCACUCUUCCAGUAUUGCAGCAAACAUCCCACACAUGUGAAACAGGGGCUGGUUCACCCUCUGGUCAUGUUAUGCAUGCUGCUGUUGUUGGGUUUGUUCUUGCUAAGUGGCUCAUUGCCAAGUAUGAAAGUCGCUCAAAGUUUCCCAGACCUAACGCACCUCUCUAUCGGAAAUUGGUUUGGUCUCUCUUUGCAAUGAUGCUAAUCAUUGUUGCCCUCUCAAGAAUGUACAUUGCAGCCCAUUUCCCUCACCAAUGUCUAUUGGGUGCUGCCCUCGGCAUUCCGUUAGCUUGGGCCUUGACUUCUGAAAGCAGCAGUGUGUGUCGCUGGUGGAAAAAUGCUAGCCGUGGAAAAUUGUUGGCAGCUGCUUUACUACUAUCACUUCUGGCAUUUGGAGGAUACUGGCUGCAAAAAGCCUUAGGCAUAGACCCACAGUGGUCAGUAAAGCUAGCCUUUAAAUGGUGCAAGUCUGAACGAAAUCUGCAUGUUUCAACAACCAACGUAUUUUCACUAGUUCGUGAUUGUGGCUCAGCUUUUGGUUUUGCCAUUGCAUGUCCAUUCUCUAAAAGACUAAUGAAUAAACGUCUAAGCAUUCCCUUUGGAAUACUCUUGGCCCUUCUUCUUAAUGUGGCUGUUCGUAGUGUUCAGAAAUCCAUCCCAACAGCAAAUGUGUUCACUUUUUUCUCAGCUCACUUUUUCCUUCAUGCCAGCCUCCCACUUCUUGUUCUUCUUUAUUUUCCCAAACCUAGCGGUGACCCUGAAAGGACCAGUUCUGAAAGCAACACAAGACGGACUUCAACACGGCAGUCAAGGGCCAAAUAUGAUUAACUUGUUCCUAAAUUUUGUUAAGUACAGAAUUCCAUAUGUUAUACAUUCCGAUUAAGCCAAAAUCUUUAAUAUAAUCCCAGUUUGUACUAAAUUUUUGUGUGUGAUGAGGAGUGUGGCACAAAUAAAAAUGUGGUUGAGUUCAAUGUAUCCUACAUUUUGUUAAAGGUAUUUAUAGAUGUUAAAAAUAGGUGUUAAAAUAUGUUUAUUGUUGUGUAAAAUUCUUGAUGAAUUUAAUGACUUUGCUUUAAAAGCUUUAAAAUGUAACUUCAGAUACUUGGAGGAAAUAAGCAAAAUUUUUUUUUUAACUUUAUGCAUUUCUAGUGCAAAGUCUGUUACUAGUUUUGUUUCAAUGUGUGUUGUUGUAUAUUAUGAGUGUUAUGUGCUAGUCAAAACUGUUUGAAAUUUGAUGUAAACAUUCCAUUUUAAAA